AUGGCGGGAAACAAGCGCACUUCCAGUCAAAUGGACAACGGCAACGACAAUCCCAGCCCAAAGCCCUUGGAUGAAAUUCUGGCUGCCGCCAAUACUGACGACCUCCAGGAUUUGUUUGAAAUCCCUGAUCCUCCUUCGGAAGAAGAUCUCGCCAUGUUAAAUGCCUUUGAUUUCCAAGCACCGCCGAUCGACGACAACAACAAUAACAACAACGACAACAAUGGCACUGUCGCCGACCCAGGUAACGCCCUUGUGUUGCAAGACCCGACCCAAGCUACUCAGGUUGAAGAAGCUGUUGCUACUGAUGCUAACGAACAAGCGAUUACGGAAAACACUGAAAACACUGAAAACACUGCGGAGCCAGCGAAGUCCCUCAGAAAGCGACGCAGAAAGGGCGAUCCGGAACCAGACCACUCGGCGCUGGUUCGUGAGAAGUCCUCCAAGUCGAAGAGGUGUGGACAGGCUUGUGACCGGUGUCAUAUACGCAGGUUCAAAUGCGACGAGGUUAAAGGCGGUUGCCUUAUGUGUCUUCGAUCAGGAAUCGAAUGCAAGAUGACCAACCGGGUUACUGGAAAGACUAUGGUUCGAGGUGGAGCGGAAGGAGUGGUGAUUAAUUUUGACGAUAUCCAGCGCGAAAACGAGGAGGUCAAGGAGGAAAACGAGAAGUUACACGAUGAGAUCGAGCAGCUGCGAAGCGUGAACGGUAAGCUGCAGAGUCAGUUGCAGUAUUGCUACAAUAAAUUCUCGAUUGGAACCGUGGGUACUUUCCCAGUCCCCGAAGCAAACGAUGACAUGAAAGCUAACAUCUUCCAGAUCCCAGGCCCAAGCCACGCACCGGUAAGCGACCCUUCUAGAAUCCUACCCAAUCCCAAUCCCCAGGCUCAAGCUAUGCAACAAUCCAGCCAGAACUUUCUCUACGGUAACCAGACCAACAAAUACAAUGGCAAUACCCAACCCGUUGCGUCUAACUAUAACAAUAAUGCGUUUUCAGGGAACAAGUCCAUUGCCUCUUCGGCCCCUCUGCCUAUCCCUAGCUCCAUGUUAAACGCAUUAUCGCACUCUGAAUGGGCUCAACCCCAUCCUCCCCAUGGAUUUCCUACUGCUUCUCGAAACAACAUGGUGACUUAUCCUCCGCUUUCUCAGGUCCAGGCUCCUAUGCGGGAUGAUACGGCUCAGGGUGUUUCUUUCCAGGGUGCAAACGGUCAAGAUGCCCAAGACACAAACGCAUAUGUCCAAGGUACGUCGCACAGUUUGAAGACACUAAACCAGGAUUUCCAGGUUGCGCCUCAGUACCUUACCAGAGGUGCACAAAACCAGACGUCUCAUCAUGAAAGCAAGAACGUUCAACACCAAGACUUCCCAAAUGCAAAAUUGCCAUACAAAACCGCACACGACUAUCCUUUAAAUUUCCCACAACCUGCACCGCAAAGCUAUCUGCAACCGGUCGUUCGAUUCCAGGGCGCUAGACAGGGUGCUAAACAUCAGAAGGCAAAUAAUCAUAUCCCGAGCUUCCUCGACGACCCUCUAAGUAGAAUCAAGAGCGAAGAUGACACCGCUGUUAAAUUUGAUCUCGAGCCUGGAUUUUCCUGGACGGCCCCCCUACCAGCUACGUUUCCCAGCCUCGACCUGGACACUGCCGCGAACCAGACCUCAACUGCAAAUCUGGGAGACGCUAGCACCAAUUUCUUUGCACUCAACGACAGUAACAACGCCUACCAAGCACAAGAUCUAUCUGACCCAGAGAUCCUCGGUCUUCUAGAGAGUUUGGCGCAGCAGAAACAGUCUCAACCACCGGUGCAUAAACGGGUUCAGGAAUUGUGCAGUGACAAUGUUGGGGUGAAAACAGAAGGUCCAAGUAACUAUGAUGGUGGUUCUGAUUGUUUUCUUGGAUCUUCUCAGGGUUUCGAUGAUGUUGGUCCUUUUGUUUGAUCUAUGUUCUUUUUCUUUUCCUUUUUUCCUUUUGUGUGUACGGAGUACAGCGUAUGGUGUGUAAUUAACUUCUAAAGAAAGAAAAAAAAAAAAAAGAAGAAGGAAAUGCUCGCGUCCAUCAUUACUAACUAG